AUGAAGUUUAUCGUUAUAUUUUUGAGUGCAGUGGCUGUAGUGAGCUCAGUUCCAGUGUCUCAAGAAGAUUCAGUGUUUCGUUUGGUUGCUCAAAAUUUUGUGAAUUGCAUGAAUAGUGAUUUGAAUGUGUGCUUAAAGGAACACGCACUCAAGGCUGCAGAGCGUCUUGGUACCGUCCGUAAAUUGAAUAUCAUUGACGGUGUUACUCUCUACAACAAUGGACCUAAAGAAGCCAGGAGUUUUGAAGCUCUUCCAAGCGACCCAGAAGCUAGAAACAAACAGUUGACUGAACGUCUUUGGGACAGCACAUCUGAUCUUCUUCAAAAAAGCGAAUUGGAAUUCAGCUUUGCUGGCUCAGACGACGACGAGGAUGAUGAAUCUAGGUCCUUCAAUGAAGCUGAAGAAGGCCGUGGCAAGAAGAAGAAGCAGCUUAAAAAGAAACUCAAGCUCCUCAUCCCUCUCGCAAUCUUAGCUAAAGCCAAAGCCAUCGCCCUCAUUGUAGUAGCCCUCUUAGUUAUCGCUGCAUCCGUCUUCAAGAUUGCCCUUUUGGCUAAGAUAGCCUUCAUUGCCAAGGUGAUUGCUAUUGUCAAAGCCCUUCUAGCCAAAAAGCACGCUCAAGAAGAGCACGGAUGGGUAGCCCAUGAAGAACAUGGUCAUCCAUCUGCCGGUUGGGAAGGAGGCUGGUCCCGGUCAAGGAACGAAGCCAAUAGCUUGGCUUACUCCGCAUACCAACAGUAA